UCCGGUAAGGUCACCGACGAGGUUUCAUGAGCGAAUGCUUCCCGUGUUUACCCACGAGUGUUUUAUUUAUAAACGAGCUUGCGUUUGGGCUUUACAUUUGCUCCCGUCUUUGAGUAGUUGUUCAGAGCAGUCAUUUGACUUUUGGGUUGCUCUCAGACGAGUCGGCAGCGCGGUGAAGCGAGCGGAGCGAGAGGAGGAAGCAGUAGCCGACCAUCUUUCUUCUCAUGCCAGCAAUAACAAGAAAGAGACGAGGCUAACAGUGGACCCGUGUUGUUGUUUUUUUCAUUUAAUUCGAGGGGAGCUCUUAUAGAAGAAGAGCGAGACUGUUGUUUUCGAGAGGACAGACAGCACACCAGGGACGCCGAGCUCAACCUCCAGCUAGCCUGGAAGUUUCCCACCAGAAAACCGGCUGUAAAAGAAAUAGUAUUCCUUUUUCAUGUUUCCAACAGGUUUAUCUGCCCCCAACCCUCCACCACCGCCAACCCAGGAGGCUCGACCCGCAGCUACUGAUGUCAAAUCCGACAGUGCUAGCAUCACCACCCCGAGGAAGAGGAAAAUAAACGGCUCUGAGAAGGAAGACACCGCGGACUCCAUCUCUUCCUCGCCUCCAAAGACCCUGAACUCCUCCUCAUCCACAUCCGCCACGCCGCUACACAUCCAAAAGAAGUUACGGUUCGAGGAUUCCGUGGAUUUCAUCGGACUGGAUGUUAAAAUGGCUGAGGAAGCUGCUGCGGCUUCAUGUUCCAAUAACAAGAGUAAAGCCGUGUUCCUGGCUGGCGGCGUGGGCCACCACGCAAACGGACUCACCAGAACCGCGGGGACUGGGACUUUCUCCAACAGUAAACCCGGAGCUGCCAAGAAACUAGUGAUCAAGAACUUCAAAGAAAAACCCAAGUUGCCAGAGAACUACACUCAGGAGACGUGGCAGAAGCUAAAGGAAGCAGUGGAGGCCAUUCAGAACAGCACUUCAAUCAAGUACAAUCUAGAGGAGCUAUACCAGGCCGUUGAGAAUUUGUGCUCUCAUAAGAUUUCUGCCAAACUCUAUCAGCAGUUGUGGUCUGUGUGUGAGGACCACAUCAAGGCUCAGAUCGACCAGUUCAGAGAGGAUUCCAUAUACAGUGUGAUUUUCCUGAAGAAGAUUGACAAGUGCUGGCAAGAUCACUGUAGGCAAAUGAUCAUGAUUAGGAGUAUAUUUCUAUUUUUGGACCGAACGUAUGUUUUACAAAAUUCAAUGCUACCUUCCAUUUGGGACAUGGGUCUGGAGUUGUUUAGGUUCUACAUCAUCAGUGACUUGAAGGUUCAGAGUAAAACCAUUGAUGGGAUUUUGCUGCUGAUCGAGAGGGAGCGAAACGGAGAGGCGAUAGAUCGCAGUCUGCUGCGGAGCUUACUGAGCAUGCUGUCUGACCUGCAGAUUUAUCAAGAUUCCUUCGAGCAGCGCUUCUUGGAGGAGACUAAUCGUUUAUAUGCUGCAGAGGGACAGCGGCUGAUGCAGGAGAGAGAGGUUCCUGAAUAUCUCCAUCACGUCAACAAGCGGUUGGAAGAAGAGGCUGACAGAGUCAUCACGUACCUGGACCAGAGCACACAAAAACCUCUAAUUGCAACAGUAGAGAAGCAGCUGCUCGGCGAGCAUCUCACCGCUACGCUGCAAAAAGGGCUGACACACCUGCUGGAUGAAAAUAGAAUUCAAGAUCUGUCGCUGCUAUAUCAGCUCUUCAGUCGUGUCCGAGGUGGAGUUCAGGUCCUUCUGCAGCACUGGAUAGAGUAUAUCAAGGCUUUUGGCAGCACAAUUGUAAUCAACCCAGAGAAGGACAAGACGAUGGUGCAGGAGCUGCUGGACUUCAAGGACAAAGUGGACCACAUCAUCGACAUUUGUUUCAUGAAGAACGAGAAGUUUGUCAACGCCAUGAAAGAAGCAUUUGAAACAUUUAUCAAUAAGCGGCCCAAUAAACCCGCUGAGCUUAUUGCGAAACAUGUGGAUUCCAAACUAAGAGCUGGAAACAAGGAGGCCACGGAUGAAGAGCUGGAGAAGAUGCUGGAUAAGAUCAUGAUCAUAUUUAGAUUCAUUUAUGGCAAAGACGUGUUUGAGGCCUUUUAUAAGAAGGACCUGGCCAAGAGGUUGCUGGUGGGGAAGAGCGCCUCAGUAGAUGCUGAAAAAUCCAUGUUGUCCAAACUUAAACAUGAAUGUGGAGCAGCAUUCACCAGCAAACUAGAAGGAAUGUUUAAAGAUAUGGAGCUUUCCAAAGACAUCAUGGUGCAGUUCAAACAGCACAUGCAGUGCCAAAACAUUCCGGGGAAUAUCGAGCUCACUGUGAACAUCCUCACUAUGGGUUACUGGCCGAGUUACACUCCCAUGGAAGUUCACUUGCCUCAUGAGAUGGUGCGACUCCAAGAAAUCUUCAACACGUUCUACCUGGGAAAACACAGCGGCAGGAAGCUCCAAUGGCAGUCAACACUCGGCCACUGUGUCUUAAAAGCAGAAUUCAAAGAGGGUAAGAAGGAACUUCAGGUGUCAUUAUUCCAAACAUUAGUGCUUCUGAUGUUCAAUGAAGGAGAGGAGUUUGCUCUGGAGGAGAUCAAGCUGGCCACAGGAAUAGAGGACAGCGAACUACGCAGGACUCUGCAAUCACUAGCCUGUGGAAAAGCUCGGGUCCUCACCAAAAUCCCCAAGAGCAAAGAUGUGGAGGAUGGAGACAAGUUUUCCUGCAACGAAGAAUUCAAACACAAGCUCUUCCGCAUCAAAAUCAACCAAAUUCAAAUGAAAGAAACGGUGGAGGAGCAGGCCAGCACCACAGAACGGGUCUUCCAGGAUCGGCAGUAUCAGAUUGAUGCUGCCAUUGUUCGGAUCAUGAAGAUGAGGAAAACUCUCACUCACAAUCUGUUGAUGUCAGAGGUUUACAACCAGCUCAAGUUUCCAGUCAAGCCAGCUGACUUGAAGAAGAGGAUAGAGUCUCUCAUUGACCGAGACUACAUGGAACGUGACAAGGAGAACUCCAAUCAGUACAACUAUGUGGCCUAGUGAAGAAAAGCAGAAGAGGCUGAAUGAAAAGAGGUGGUCGUUUGAGCUGCACUUUGCUCGGAGUGACCGGCCUGUGGAUGUUAAUCUUCAUAGUCAUUGUAAACCUGGCAUCCAUCAGGUGAUGCCGUUCCUUCAAUGGACUUCAUGUCCCACUUCUUGGUGCCUCUGAGAGAAUAUGGCAACUUGGAACCGUCACUGAAUCACAGAUGUUGUUACGUUGGCCCUCCUUUUAACUGAGAGGGAAUAUAUUUAUUUUCUGACUUGGAUUGUUCUCUGUCCACACUUAAUGCUCUUUUUCGUUUCCCAACACUUUUUUGCCUCUUAAUAUCCCUUUGCAAAAUGCAAACUUGCUCACAAUGCUCUUCGUUGUAUCAGAAGUGAUGAAUUUCCCCUUAAAAUUCAAAUGACUUUGAUUUGAAUGUUUGGAAGACUUAGGGUGUCAAAUGUGUUGCCCUGCGGCAACGGCAUGCUGUUGAAGCUCCGAUCAAACACCAAACAGAGCAUGUGCCAAACAGAGCACUUCUUUUGUUUCCCAGUGCUGCUAAACCUCUUCAGUACAGUUCGAUCUUUGUUUUUGUACAGUACAUAUCUAACAUUUUAAGAACAUCAAGCCUUUUUUUCUGGUUAACUCUUAGCUAUUGAAUCACAAGCACAAUGUCAGCCCUCUCACAUCCACACUAUUACUUUUUAAACACUAUAUUUCUUAUAUAGUGUCCCUGUUUUGUGGAGACGUGGGGAAAUGAGUGGAUUGUCUCAACAUUUGAGUGACAGCUGAGGAGAAACCUGUUCCAAUAGUUACGACCUUGUUUGUACCAGUCUGUUAGGUUUAUUGCUUCGGAUUAAAAGAACUGUUGCAAGCA